CCACAUCAUCAUUAUAUGGCCUCUGUAGAUCCAUCAUUGAUUGCAGACCCUAGAGAGCAAAAAUGGGUUGGUGAAAUUAGUGAAAUCGUGAAACAUCAGCUCGAAAUCAAGGUCGAAAUCCCUCCUGUUUCCAUCUUCAAAAUACCAGAAAACAUAACCAAAAUAAAACCAGAAGCCUAUAAACCACAGCAGAUAGGCUUUGGUCCAUACCAUCAUUUUCAGCCUGGACCCUAUACCAAAAUGGAACAAAAAAAACUUGUUGUGCUACAAAAGGUCCUACAAUAUCACAAAAUCAAGGAUUUUAGACUCGAUGUCCUUGACAAAGUCGAAAACCUUGUUCCUGUCAUUCGUGCUUGCUACGAAAUGUUCCUACAAGAUGAUAACGUUUCGUUGGCUUGGGUUUCCGCCAUCGAUGGUCUCUUCUUGCUUAAUCUAUUCGAAACCUAUGACAAUAAACAAGUCAAAGUUAAUCCAACACAAAGAUUAUUGGCACAAGACAUAAUGAUGGUGGAGAACCAGAUUCCUUUUAUGGUGUUGAAGGAAAUCCAUGAGGCUUUGAAUACAUCAUCAGGUACUAAUUUUUCACCUUCCGUGUUUCCAUCCUUGCGCUCAGAAGAAGACGAUCAACUGAUCACCGCUUCUUCGACUACUUUUUCGUUAGAUCUACCAUCACAUUCAAAUUUAACUUUUUCACCUUCCAUAUUUAGAUCAUUUAGUGAGAUCCAUUCACCACUUGAACUAUGUUCACCGUCAAACGCUCCUAAUCAUGUAGAACAUCUACUCCAUUAUAUGUAUGAUUCCAUCAUAAACAACGACCCUUUAAAGAACAUACAUAUUCCGGUUUCUAGUACUAAGCCUUCAGUCAUGUCAGAUUAUAUACCUCCUCUAAGUCUGAGUGACAUAACAAACUCCAUCAGCCAUGUUUCAAAUUUUCUGAAGAAAGUGCCCGAGAAAGAAAUUGCUCAAUUAUAUGAACAAACUGUCACAAGCCUACAAAACUUUUCGAAACAUAAGAUUACCAUCCAUUCAGCUUCCAAACUUCAAGGUAUAGCAGGAUUCGAGUUUCACGAUCUUCCGAAAGAUGGAGGUGUAGAAAAUGUAUACAUGGAUGACAAUAACAUUUACCUGCCACGCAUUACUUUGAAUAAUGAUUCAGAGGUUAUAUUGAGAAAUUUGGUUGCUUAUGAAACUUUAAUGCCCAACUCAAAUCGCUUUCCGCUUAAUGAAUACAUGGGUUUGAUGUGUGGGCUUAUUGUGAAUGUAGAAGAUGUAAAGCUUCUUAAAAAAGACAACAUUAUCAAAGGUGACUUGGGUGAGGAUGAAGUUGCCAAAUUGUUCAUUGGGGUAAGUAGUUCUAUAAUGAGCUUGAAAACCAAAAAGAAAUCAGACUUGCAAGAAAUGAUAGACCAAGUUAAUAAUGUUUAUGAAAGGAAGCCAAGGAUCAAGGCAUAUUUACCCGUGAAGAAACUAGCGAAUUGGUUGCUGGUGGUAUUAACAACUAUAGGCGGUUUUGUGGGAGCUACAUGGAAGAUUGUAGCGUUCAUGGUUAGCAUUGUGACAGUGUUCAUGCUAACGUACCAAGCUUAUUGUGAUGUUUAUGGCUGCGACAACAAUAAAAGUGUCGUGUUGUCCUACGCUUCUAGCUAGCCUGAUUGCAGCAUCUAUAAUCUUUUUAGGAACCACAGGCUCCCAAUUUGUUUCUUGUUAUGCUUAUUUUUAUUUUUAUCUUUCAUUUAUGAACAAAUGUUUAUUGAAUUGUGAUUAUUAAAAUCCUUCUCAUACGCUAAAUUACACAUAUUUUUCAAUAAA